AUGCUGUUACAGGGCUGUUUGAAUUAUUUGACAAAAACGAUGAAAGAACAGUUACUGCUAAUUUGCGGCACUGGAUUCGCGCUUGCACUUGUACAGUUAUUUGGAAUAGCAUUUAGUGUUUGCUUAUACACCAAAUGGCGUGAAUUCUCGGAAUUGCGACCUGUUCAUAGCAAAAACAGUCAGAGGAAAGACGACUCCGCUGCGCAUUUCUUUUGCCCGGUUGGGCAGGAGGAAGAACAGGCGAUUAGUUCAAGACUAGACUUGAUCGGGAACGGAGUAUGUAAUCGUGAAGGGGCAGCCGUGGAGCAGUCGAGAUGGUGUGAUGAAGGCCAAGGGCCGGAGACGAUGUCACGGAGAAAGCCGAUGAGCGGUCGAGCUCUGGAAUAUGAAGGCCGACGGCCGAGACGAUGUCGUGAAGAGGAAGCUGAUGAGCGGCCGAGUACUGGAAUGUGA